CAUGCAGACACCAACAACCUUCUCGGUAAUCCCACUGUCGUAAUCCAGAGAAAUAGUCACGAUGGGUCUAUCCGAACGCAAAAACAAGCAAAAGAUCGCACCCGAUCCGAGGAAUCUGGGAUGGAGUCAAGACACCAACCGUUUUUCAUACCAACACCUCGCCAAGUUCGGGUGGGAUCCGACCCAGGGUCUCGGUUCGGAGAAUAAUCAGGGGAAUCGGGAACACAUCAAGGUCGUCAGAAAGUUGGAUUCGUCGGGUAUCGGAGUCGCCCGUGCGAUGAAAGAGGGCGCCGAGAUAGGAGGAGCCGGGGAAGGGUUGAACUCGCUCUUUGCACGGUUAAAGAAGGCCGGCUCGGCCCAUGUCGAAGGAGCGGAGGGUGAGACGGUGGUGGUCUCACCAGGUCCUAUGGUCUUUGACACGGUGUCGACAUCGGACGAGACCGACGCCGAUGCAAAUGCAAAUGCCCCUGUGAUCAUCGCCCCGGAACCUCGUCCACUCGGCAACUCUUCCCGUUCGAAAUACGUCAGGUCUAAACGACUCGCCGCCUCCUCCCCAGCCGCCAUGGCUGAGAUCCUGGGGAUCCCCAUCUCUUCCCUCCCGGCGCCUCCUUCUCCGUUAUCACAACCCCCUACCCCUGGUCCAUCAUCGCUCAAACAAUCAAACUCACGGAGCUCGACCUCGGAGGCGGAAGACGUCCUUGAUGAUCACAAGAUUACCGUCGCCAAGAUCUCUGUCGGGGAAUAUUUCCGAAGACGGCUCGCACAGAAGAAAGCUGAGCGGGAAGGAGGACCCGUCCCGGAAUUCGAUGAUACCAAGCCCGAGGUGUACAAUGAGGUCGCUAAAGGGUUCGAGGGGAAGAAGAUCGUGUUUGGGGGCGACGAGGAUGAGGAGGAUGUCAAGGUCAAGAUGGAGGUCGAGGAGGAGGAAGAGGAAGCAAAACAAGCCGAACGGGGUGUCGGUGGAGCAGGAUUAGGGUCGGCCGGGGAUCUCAACGCCGUACGAUCUGAAGCCACUUCGCCCGUACCAGAGGUCAAGGCGAAGAAGGAGAAAAAGGACAAGAAGGAGAAGCGGGAAAAGAAGGACAAGGAGAAGAAGAAGGACAAGGGCAAGCAGCGGGCGAACGUGGAGGAAGGCGAAGCGGACGUACCCGUCAAGUUGGAAGAAGGAGUCGAGCAGGCGAGGGUCAAGCUCGAACCCGUCGGUGAGGCUGAUAAGAAGGAAAAGAAGAAGAGCGAUAAGAAGGAAAAGAAGGAGAAGAGGGAAAAGUCGGGAGAGAAGGGAGAGGGGAAGAAGCGGAAACGAGAUGACGACGAUAACGACGACGAGACGAGCGAGUUGAAGAAAGAGAAGAAGGCCAAGAAGGAAAAGAAGAGCAAAAAAUCGAAAGACUAGGCUGAGCGCUGUUUGACCAUUUCUUGACCCGAUUCGUCGCUUCUUUUUACAUUGUAUCUGGGUCUACCUGGUGUACUGUUGGCUUUCUUCCUGGGGUUAAUGUAUGACCUGUACGACGACGAUACGAACAAGACCAUGUAUGCAACUGGCUA